AAAAUAUUUCAGAUACGAUCUUUUAUUAAAGUAUCAUCAAAGUGAAUACAGAAAUACUGCAGUGAACACUUUUUGUUAGGGACAGUAGCGAUAUGUGGGAAAUAUGAAUCUGUCAAAAGUGGAAACUGGAGCACAGUUAUUAGCUCGUCUUGGGAGCAGGCCAAGUAUUCAAGGCAUAGAAGAUACAUUAUUCAUAGAUGGUCCGCAUGUGAAAGAUGUGUAUGAAUUAUAUGGUGUGGAAGGGUCAGGAAAGACCGAGUUGUUGUUAUCACUUGUAACAUCAAUAAUCUUACCCAAAGAUUGGAAUGGUUAUAAUUUAAAUGGAGCAAAUGCUGGAGUCAUAUUUAUUGAUACAGAUUAUAAAUUUCAAAUAUUGCGUCUUGUGAAUAUUAUGGAGAAACGAAUUAUGGUAAAGACUGAACAUGACAAACCAGACACAAGUAAGAAGACAUCCUCAAAUGAUAUUGAAGUACUUGUGAAAGAGUGUUUAAAGAAAAUAAUGAUUAUUAGGUGUACAAGUAGUUUUCAGUUACUUGUUACCCUGCUUAGUUUAGAAUCAACAAUUUCAAACAAUCCUGAUAUAGCUGUUAUUAUGAUUGACUCCAUUUCUGCAUUUUACUGGAUUGAUAGAUGUAAUGGCGGUGAAAAUAUUGGGGCGCAGGAAACAAAUAUGAAACAUAUUGUACAACAAUUGUCAAAACUUGUGAAUAACUAUAAUUUAGUAUUGUUUGCUACAAAAGCAUUAAACUUUAAAAAGACAAAUAAAGAGAAUGAAUCUAAGGGGGACAACUGUGCAUCUCCAUCAGAGAAGAAGGUAUUAAAAGACAACCAUGCUGAAUUUUUAUGUAAAUCAUGGUAUAAGUUUGUAAAACAUAGACUUAUAUUUGACAAGGAGAAAUCUUUCAGUGUGUAUUGUAAUUCCUUAAAAGUUGACAUUCAGUUUACAAUAAAUGAAGGUGGUAUAUGUUUUAAAUAAAAUAAAUAAAUUCUUACAAGAAAAUAGAAAUUCUUUAAGAGCAACAUUGUGUAAAAAUUGAUGUUAACAUGUAGGGCUAAAAAUGUAAGGCACAUGCAAAUAUUACAUAGAGAGGAACAUUUCUAUGCUGAAUUCAGAAAGUCAGAAGAUUUCUUUCCCAUUCAGAUUGAAUGCUAUAGGUAUAUUUAGAUUGUAGAUAUUGCUGCACACUGUAAGUUGUAGCACCAAUCAAUAUUUGAUUAAACUAGAUGGGAUAUGAUGGCCAAUGAGACAAUUGUCAACCGGAAACCUGAGGACAAGAAAGUGAUCAACUCUAGUUCACCUUUCAACCUUCAAAAAUGAGCUAAACCAAUACCAGAGAGUACUGGAAAGCUAAAAUGUAUAAGAGGCUCCAGUAUGACAAAUGUGAAACAAUUCAAAAGGGACCUUAUUUAUGCUCAAAACAAUGAUGGAAGACUGCAACGAGCAUGACCAUUGACAACCACUGAAUAAAUGUAUAUAGAAGAACCAAUCUUUGAUGAGAGAGUUUGAGAUUUUAAAUGUUUAUAAUAUAAUCUGACAAUACUUAAAACUGCAUCUUAUUCUUCUGAAAUGUAAAAAAGUUGAUCCUUUGAGGACAAGACCAAACUUAAUUAAUAUUUCAGUGACCUUUGUAUUCAUGCAAUGAAUAAGAAGGGAUGUAUUCAUAAUUGUAUUAACCAAUGG